UUAUCCAUUCUUCACUAACAAAUAAAACACAGUGAAAACGACCCGUUGUACAAGUGAGAUUACACGUUUAAAGGGUUAAAAACGUGGACGUGUUGCUGAACAAAACCUGAUAACAGUGACAUCAAGCCUCUUACUUGUCUCCUAGACGGAGAGAGUAAGACUUCAAAGGUAGAUCUUUGGUGUGACUCUGCGCGGAUGCGCACCGACCUUGGAGUCUCCAGACGCGCAGCGGAGGAUUUUGCGCACUGAAAUCAAGUAUAGCUGAAGAGAGCGCACUGCGAGCGGACUGCUGUCUGACUGACUGCAGUCCUGUCACUGGGAUACGGGCUCACUUGGCUGUACUUUACCGCGUACAUCAUCACUUUAUUAAUACCAUUGUUCGGGAUUAAGUAGGGGAAAUAGACAAAUAGUCUACAGUUUAUUUCGGUUUGGCUUGAUUCGCAACUUAGAGGAGAGUUGUUUCAACUGAGCCACUGAAUGUAGCCGUUCCACCUUGUUUGUAGAGAAAUCCAAGUGUCCCAGCUGCUCAGGGAAAAUUCAACGGAUACGGAGACAUUUGAGAGGAUUUUAGGACUCUUUCCCGAAAGUGGAUUGAACAAGGAUGAUUCCAACCGUUUUACCCAGCUAAGUGAGAUAUUACAUUUCAAACACGGUGAUCACAGCAAUGCUUCAACGGCAUGUGCGUCUGUCCCUCUCCAAAUCUUCCAGAGAGGAUUUAAGCGCCGCUCAUUUUGAAUAAGUCAAGAAGUCACUGAAGAUGAGAGCUCUGCAAACAUUCCUGUUUCUUUUCCUCCUGCACCAGGUCACAUGCAGGAAAGCGCAUGGAGGAGCCACAGAGCUCAUCGAGUGGGGCGACAGUGAUAAUGAACAGACGAUUUCUCCCACGGGGGCCAGUCCACGGAUCCUCAACCCCCUGCGUUUGUUUGCCAGGGGCUCCCCCGGGUUCAAGAGCAACAUGAGGGAAAUUACAUAUUUACAGAACAUGGAGGACUUCUGGGACUGGUUAUCUAACCAGACAGAUGUUCAGGGUGCACAGGCCAGAACUAAACGCAGGCCCAUCGUGAAGACUGGCAAGUUCAAAAAGAUGUUCGGGUGGGGGGAUUUCCACUCCAACAUCAAGACUGUCAAACUCAACCUGCUGAUCACAGGGAAGAUCGUGGACCACGGGAACGGCACUUUUAGUGUUUACUUCCGCCACAACUCCACGGGCCUGGGGAACGUGUCGGUCAGCCUGGUGCCGCCCUCCAAGGUGGUGGAGUUUGAGAUCGCCCAGCAGUCCACUCUGGAGACCAAAGACACCAAAUCGUUCAACUGUCGCAUUGAGUACGAGAAGACGGACCGCAACAAGAAGACUGCCCUGUGCAGCUUCGACCCGUCUAAGGUGUGCUAUCAGGAGCAGACGCAGAGCCAUGUGUCCUGGCUGUGCUCAAAACCCUUCAAAGUCAUAUGCAUCUAUAUAGCCUUUUACAGUGUAGACUAUAAACUGGUGCAGAAGGUAUGCCCUGACUACAACUACCAUAGUGACACACCCUACUCCUCCACAGGAUGAUCUAGCUGUUGUUAGUAUGCAUCAACCUUUUGUUUGAUCUUCAAAUAAUGUAAACGUCAACCUCUAAGCUCCUUGUCCCGAAAUACCUAAAUACCUGAGACAUGUUGCAGGAAGUGCAACUUACAAUGGGACACACUCUGGAGAGGUUCGAUGCAUUGUUACAAAAUGUGUGUAUAUACGGCAGACAAGUAUACAGAUCUAACACUUGAGAUAGUUAGGUGUCCAGGGACUUGGUUUUAGGGGUUGACUUGGGAUUCAGAGCUAGCUACCAACCCUGGGUGACUUCUCCCCAUCCCAACAGCACAUGUUCUCCGUAAACCACUGGUAUAAUUAGCAUGUUGUCCAGCUGUUUUCUUCAAGGCUAGACCAUAGGCAAGCAGCAUCUCAGUUGGCAGCGCAUAGCUGGCUUCUGUGCCAGAGCUGCAUUGAUCCUAACAUUGUCCAACAAUUUCCUCACCUCAUUUAAACAGUUAUGGGAUGAAAUAUGACAAGACUUUGAAUCAUGUUAAUAAUUACAGUACCAAUACAUUUGCAUUGUUAUUCAACAGGGCAUAAAAUGAGAUAUUUCACAUUUGAAACAUUGCUACAUUUUGACUGAUUUGUCAAAAUGAUCUGUUCACUGCAGUCGAAGUAGAGCUAACAUCCAUUUGUACCUGUUAACAGAACACAGGCAGGACAGUGUCUAUUAUUUCAGAUUAGUCUGAUCAAUGGGUAUUUUUUCAAGUAGCUCUGAAUAAUUAACAUGGCCUUACAAUCUUUCUCUUAUAGGGACUGACAUAAAGUGAAUUGAUUAUGUGCCCAUGACAAAAUAAAUUGAUCCAACACAUCUAAUCCAACAGCAAGCAGAGAGCAUAAUCAUAAAUCAUUACACAUACGUAUGUAGCUACCCAUCCAUGUAUAACCAGGCUACUGCCUUGUGUGCUCCUUAAAAUGUGUUGGUUUUCUGCUGCAAUCAUCAUAUGGCAUGUGUAUGCUAAACUAGUCUGAAAUCCAACAUCUGUGUUUGCAGGAUGCACUUUGAGGCACCCGCAGUGGAUUAAUGUGUCAGGAGAGGCGGGGGGAAAGCGAUAAUUGCAGGACAGGUGGAUUUAGUGAGUCUGGCAGACAAUUAUCAGCACUUUGUCAUGGUCCUGCCACCAGCCCUGACAUUACCUGUCUUUAAUAGGCUUUAAUUAGCCUGGGAAAUUUCAUUUACCUAAGACCAAGAGUGGAGAAACUAAAAGAAAAAAAAAGAACACACAAAAAAAGGCAAAAGUACAGAAUCUGUCUGGAAUUUUAAUGAGAAAUGGGACUAAAUUUGAAAAUGUCAGACAUUUCCCUAUUGUACAGCAGGCUUAAGUUGACUGACUUGUGUGUAAAAGUGGAUAACAUCCAGUCUUGUGGUAAAUGGUGAAAUGUGCUUUGAUUUAGAAAUCACUUAAAACAGUUUUAAAAGGUUCUGUUGAAAACCAUCAACACAUCAUAUGUUGUUUUGAUUGCAUAUAUACCAGGGUUUUUAGGCUAGGGCAUGUGCCACUAACUAAUCACAUGGCAAUUAUUUCUGUCAAUGUUACUUUAUUUGCUGUAUCUCAUGUAUUUCACCAUCAGCUGUAAAUGAUCCUGUCCAUUACACACAUGAGGAGAGGUGUAUGAUAAGAAAAUUACUAAAUCCGAGUUGAUCUAUGUUGAUGUUUUAGUUCUACUCCUUUGUGCAAAUGCUGUGUAACGUGUAACUCUAAAACUAAACGUGUUUACUUAAGGCUUUAGAGUAAACGAUGUCAAUUUAUUCAAAUUUUUCCAGAGAAAUAUAUCAAUAAGUAUACUGUUCCUUAUUUUUGGUGUUUAAGCGAUAUCAUGUAGAUAGAUGUCAUAUUUAUUGCUUAUAGUUAUAGAUUGCUUUGAUUUCCAUUUUUGUAAUCCUUGCAGAUUGUACCCAUUUUGAUUUCCUGCUUGCUUAAUCUUGUUUAAACAGUUUCACCUGUAAAAUAGAAAAUAAGAGCACUGCUGUGUGUAUAGUGUAAGUAAAAAUGUUCAUUUUGGAAUAUUUGAUUUCAUCGGGGGUUCAUUUUGUUAAAAUGAAAUUGUAAAGAUCAAUUUAGGUUUUUAUGGCAUUAAACCUUAUUUGAACUUGG